AUGAUCUUUUCCUCCACGCGACCGCGUCUUCCGAUCCCUGCCAAUCUCCCCAUCUGGGACUUCCUGUUCGACUCGGAAUACUCGCCUCUUCGUCGCGUCCACCCGACCGGAUUGGGCGCCUUCAUCAACGCCGCGACUCAUGAACGAAUCCGCUACGACGAAGUCAAGGACUACACUACUUAUCUAUCCACUGCACUAGUUCGCAAUUAUGGCCUCGAGAAGGGCGAUACGGUAGCCUUGUUUAGUCCAAACACGAUCUGGUAUCCUGUUGCGAUGCUUGCGACGGUUCGCGUUGGCGGGAUUGUAUCCGGAGCCUCCCCUGCAUACAACGUCGAAGAAAUGACCUAUGCUUUAAAGACUGCCAAGGCGAAGUAUCUGAUGACGGUCCCCUCUUCGAUGGAAGUUGCUAUUCCAGCGGCCAAUAACGCGGGUAUCCCCGCCGAUCGCAUCUUCCUGCUGGAGGGAGCGGAAGAUGGGUAUAUGAACGUCCAGGAGCUCUGCGAUAUCGGAAAGAGCUUUGGUGACGAUGGACAGGUCGCACCGUUUGAAUUAACAGACGGGCAAUCGAACCGUGACGUAUGUGGGUUUUUGAGCUUCAGUAGCGGGACCACCGGGCUUCCCAAGGCAGUGAUGAUCGCCCAUCACAAUGUCAUCGCACAGUGCAUGCAGGUGCAACAGCUCAUGUCGCCCGAUUAUAAGAAGUCACUGGCAGUGCUACCACUCUUUCAUAUCACCGGCCUCGUGCAUCAAAUGCAUCUUCCUGUCCUUCUGAACACACAAGUUUACAUGCUCCCGUCCUUCGAUAUGACCAGUAUGCUCGACACUGUCGUCAACAACAAGAUCACGGAGCUCCUGCUGGUACCGCCGAUUUUGAUCCGACUCCUACAAGACCCCAGUGCGGCCAAGUAUGAUUUGUCUCACGUGAAAGCGUUCACAUCUGGAGCUGCCCCGAUCGCUGAAGAGUUGCUUCAAAAGCUGGAAAAUCGGUAUCCGGGGAUCGGUUUCAAACAGGGAUACGGCAUGACGGAAUCAUGCAGUUGUAUCACGAUGCAUCCGCUCGACAAACAAUCCUAUCGGUAUGCCCAUCGGGCGGGGACUAUUGUCGCCAAUACAGAAGUGAAAAUAGUAGACUGGGAAACUGGCCGCGAGUCGGGCUACAAUGAGCCGGGAGAAAUCCUGGCACGAGGACCACAGGUUGUGAUGGGAUAUUUAGACAACGACGAAGCCACGCGCGAGACAUUCGACGCUGAAGGGUGGUUGCACACUGGAGAUAUCGGGUUCAUGGACGAGGAAGGUUUUCUAACCAUCACCGACCGUAUUAAAGAGAUGAUCAAAGUCAAGGGGAUUGGUGUGUCCCCGGCUGAGCUGGAAGACCUGCUCCUUGGCCGGGAUGAUAUUGAAGAUGCGGCCGUAACUGCGAUCCCGGAUGAUUAUUCAGGAGAAAGACCGAAAGCAUACGUGGUCCUUCAAUCAACCGAGAGAGAAAGAUUAGGCAGCGGUUUCGGGCUAGUGGAUGUAGGCAGAGACAUAAUCGAGUACGUGCGAGCGAAGAAAGUCCGUCAUAAAUGGAUUGUGGAGGUGGAGUUUGUCAACGAAGUUCCAAAGAGCGCCAGCGGGAAGAUCCUACGAAGAGUCCUUCGAGACAUGGAAAAGAAGGGAACCUCUGGGAAGCGACUGGUGGUGCGAGAUGAGAGGAUUCUCAGAGCCUCGGAAAUUAGCCAGAUACCCAGUACCUCUAGCAAGAUGCGGCCACUUGUUCAGGAGGAAGACAAAGACGAUCUCGUUUUCGUGCACAUCUCCCGUCCGGAUGACUUGAAGGCCAAGAGUACACGGCGUACGAUUCGACGACAUGCUAUGCGAGAAAUUGGAAAGUCUAGACGGUCGCGCAAGCGACCGCAGACAUGGGAGCUAUCUUUGAAAGAUGAGGUUCUUGAUGAUGGUAGGAGUUCAACCAGCUCAUCGCAGGACGAGUUGACUCCAUAUUCUGCACGAAAGCCCAUCCUGUUCGACCCGUACAAUACGUCGUACUACCCAAUUCAACUGAACGAUCGAAUCAAACAGCUCAUCCAUUUCAUGAGUGCCGAUUCAGAUUAUGUUUUCCGACCAUUUCGAGCGAUCUGGUUCUCGAUGGCCAUGACAGACGCUAGCGCCUUCCUUGUAUCAUUGGCGAACGCUGCGAUGUUCCUGGAUCAGAUUCACCAAAGAAAAGCAUAUCAAUACGAGAAAAGCGUCGAAUGCUUGACUUUUUAUGGCAAAUGUGUCAAGGAGGUAACACGCCGGUUGGAAAACUCGAAUGAUCGUAAGGUCAUGCUCACCACUUUGAAGCUUUAUGUUGGGACCUUGGCGCGCUCACGGGCUCACUUGGCGGGAGUUCAGCGGAUUAUCCAGGUGCGCGGAGGAUACGACGGACUUCACGAGACUACUCCGCUUUUCGUUCCAUGGUUUGAUGUCAUUACAAGUGUAGUCGAGGACCUUUCUCCUCGAUUUGCCGGUUUUGACCCGGACAUAAUAAAGCUUUUCGAUUCGGAAUCCGAGGAGAUCUACACGCCUCCGUUCCUGCGAUACUUAGUUUCUGACAUCGCGUUGCAUCAUCCAGUCUUCGAGGACGUUAGUACGGCAUUCGAAAAGGUUGCCAUCGGGGUCAAAUACCUCAAUGACAAUUCACAUCAGCCGCCGGGUUACUGGAAGAACGAAGAGAGCAUCAUCGCCAUCAAAAUUUUCGGUCCAGUGACGCAUUUUCUGCUUUCGAUGGAUAGACCGGUGUACCCAACGCCAACAAGUAACCAUUCGACCAAGAUUGAGCCGCUCAGCGACGAUGAUGGCAAAGAGGUGAAGACAGCCAAAUCCGCUGAGUUCACGAAAGAGAUGAUCCGACUAUCGAUACUCAUCAUGCUCGCGACGAUCAAGAAUGAUUUGUUUCAAUUGGCCGCACGAGAAGCAAACUUCCUCCGUAAAAAACUAUCGAAGGUAAUCGACUGCCUGCGAGACAUUCAAAGCGCUUCGACGUCCCUUUGGAAAAUCCAGCUCUGGGCCUUGGUUAUCGUUUCACUCGUUGAGAUGUCGGACCCUAUUUCUGUUCCCGGUGAGGCCGGGUACGUUGACAAUAUCUGUCGUCUGAUGGAGCUGCUCUGCAUCAUGACCGGUCGCGAGGCGAUCGAUCUAGUGAAAGACAUUCUCUGGGUGAACAGCAUCUGGGAUUCGGUGACUGUGGAUGACCUCGUCUCUCAGAUUGACGGUCACCUUUACUCAUAG